AACUUGAAUUCAGUCCACUUCGCGUGCUUUCGUUGAUGUGGAUCUUCAAAAAAGUACCUAACAAGAUUAAAUUUCACACUAAUUUAGCUUAACAUACUAAAACUGCACUCGCGAUGUGCAUCGCCUGCCACUAGGUAAAGUGUUGUUUCGUGCAUCCAAAACCAACGACUCUAGCAGCGCAACGUAAUUUCGCGACGCAAAGAAUGGACGGGCUCAACAUCAAAAUGGAGGUACCGGAUCUGCCACUUCCGGACCAGCUCGGCGAGGACGGGCUGGGCUUCGGCAACGGGCUGUUCCUGGGGGACGCCGACGAUGACGACGACACGAUUGUGGUGCACAUGGACCUGCGGGAGAAUUUGUCCACCCUGAGGGGCCUCGUCGAGCAGCGGAUUGGCAUGUCGCUGAAGCACUAUGAAUUUUGGCUGCAGGACACGCAGAUGCUGGAGUCGCACAAGAAUCUGGUGGACCAGUGCGUGCAGGGGGAGGGAUUGGUCCAGAUUAACGUGCAGGUUCAGACGUCCCGUCGGCGGAUCAAUAUUGCCGAUGUGUUGAAGCCGACGGAUGAUGUGCUGGAGAGCUACCAGCAGGAAUUGCAGUUGGCUGCGGCUCAGGCGGCUGCCGCCGCCGCUGCAGCUUCCAUUUCGGGUCCGAAUGCGGAGGCGACGACCAGCAGUGCUUCCCCGGUGAAUAAUGCCGCCGCAGGUUCGGCUUCGCCGACACCGGUCGCUACUACAGUUGAUACUGCCGUGUCCUCUCCGGCAAAGUUGAGCUCGAAGGAAGAGCAGGAAACGGCCUCGGCUGUCGCGGCCAUCAUCAGUUCGGCAAAUGCCGAGGCGAAUGCGGAGAAAGUGGCCGCUCAAACGCCCUCGGCCGUCGUUACGAACGGAUCGUCUCCGGCGAAGGUGGCUAAAAUGAGUCCGCCGGAGCUAGCCGAUUCGCCGACCAUAAUCGACGACGAUGACGACGAGGACGAGAUGGGUGACGGAGGGCAAGCGGCGUUGCGUUGGGUUUGCGAUACGAACUUUAAGCGCGACCAGCAGCGGCUCAACAUUCCGGACGAUCCGAUCGAGUGGACGGUGGCGCAGGUCAAGCACUGGAUUCAGUGGGCCGUGCGGACGUUCCAGCUGACGAGCAUCAAGCUGGCGGAUUGGUCCAUCAGUGGGCGCGAGCUGUGCGACAUGGACCACGCCGAGUUCAAGCAGAAGGUGCCGAGCGAUCCGGGCGAUCUGUUCUGGACGCACAUGGAGCUGCUGCGCAAGUGCAAGUUUGUGGCCGUCGUGCAGAAGCACGGUGGACUGGGGCCGGCUUCCGGCGGUGGGGGAGGCGGAGGAGGAGGUGGCGUCGAUCCGUAUGACGACGAUAUGGUCAUACUAAGGAAGGUUCCGCGGAACAACAGCAUGGGCAGCGAGCCCAGCUAUUGCGGCAACCGGAGUGGCAACAAUGGCCAGAUUCAGCUGUGGCAGUUUUUGCUGGAAAUUCUCACCGACAAGGAGCAUCGCGGGAUUAUCCAGUGGAUGGGUACCGAAGGCGAGUUCAAGCUGUGCAAUCCGGAGCUGGUGGCCCAGCUGUGGGGCGAACGGAAGAACAAACCCACGAUGAACUACGAGAAGCUGUCGCGGGCGCUGCGUUACUACUACGACGGGGACAUGAUUUCGAAGGUGCACGGCAAGCGCUUCGUGUACAAGUUUGUGUGCGAUCUGCGCGAGCUGAUCGGAUACGACGCCUCGGAACUGGCCAACCUGGUCAACGAGGGCUCCCCCCUAACCGAGCAGUACGACAUGAAGGGCUUCGACAUGGACUUUGACUAGGGACUCAUUUUUUUCGUGUUUUAUUAUACAACUCAUUUGCUUCCACACUCUCAUUGACAUUUGAAUUUAUACACACAUUUCUUAUAAAGAACGGCGAAAUUUUAUCAAACUGUUACGAGUUUAUUAACAAAGUUUCCUGGUGGUUCUCAAAUUAUAUUAUAUUCAGCUGAUUGUAUUACAAAAAAA